AUGGUGGCUGACAAGACCAACAGGCAACCGGCAGCAAAGUCCAAAACGAGCAGCAUUGCUGGACCAUCGCCGAGCAAGCAGUGGUCUGAGCGGGUGUUUCUGAGCUACUCACCCGUGUGGAUUGCAGUGCUCGCGGCGAUCGUCAAGCUCAAGUUGUACGAGUCGUUCACGGCCGAAACGUAUCUGUUCGUCGGCGUGGCGACCGCUGCCCCGUGCGUGCUCAUCCCGCUGCUGUGCGAUCUGCUGUGGACGACGCCAGACUCUGGCCGGCCGCUGUUUGAGCGACAUUGGUUCAAGGUGAAUCUCUGGAUUGCCAUUGUCGGCUACAUUGGCAACCACUUUUACACACACUACUUUUACCAAGUGCUCGGCAUGCGGUACACGGUGCCGACGGACGGAUGGACGAUCAACGGCGUUCCGGUGUGCAUGUACUUGCUGACGCAUCCGUAUUUCUGCUCGUACCAUUCCGUUACGACGCAAAUCUUGCGCGCCAUUCGCUACAAGACGCCCGCCAUCUGGCGCACGGGCGUCCUUUGUGCGGCGAUUACUGGCAUUGCGUACAUUACGGCUUUUAUGGAGACGUACACGAUCAGUGGCUUCCCACACUAUACCUACCCUGACUGGACGCUCAUGCUCACUGUGGGCUCGGCAUUUUACGCAAUGCUGUUUUUGGCGACCUUCCCGCUGUUUGCCCGCCUCGACGAGUGCUCCUUGUUUGACCCCAUCGAAACGCCCUCCCGCGCAUCCCCGCUCUCUCAGACCAUGCUCGACGCGUUUGCUGCGGCAAUGAUUGCCUUCUGUCUCUUUGAUGUCUGGCGGCUUGCCGUGGGCCCGUUUGUUAGUUUUCCGGCGCCUGUGGUGAAUGUUGAUGUUCCAUCAGUGCCUUUUGCUCAGUAA